AUGAAGUUUGGUAAAACAUUAUUAAGUCAUCAAAUACCGGAAUGGUCUAUAUAUUAUAUGAACUAUAAGCAUUUGAAGAAAAUAAUCAAAAGUAUUGAUGCGUCUUCCGACUAUGAAGAUGAUAAAGUUGCAGACCUAGUUUCAAACACAAUUUCUGAAUUCUUCUUCGAGUUAGAUCGGAAUAUUGAAAAGGUCGAUGAGUUUUAUAACAAUAAAUAUAAGGAAUAUGAACGUCGUUUAUCGAAGAUUGUGUCUGUUUUAGGUUUCAAUGAUAACAAAAUAACUCGCCAAAUUGAAUCUAAUGACGAAUUGGACGAGAUUAUUUCUAUUUUACUCGAGUUAAGGACCAUUUAUCGUAAUUUGAAGUGGUUUGGUGAAUUGAAUCACAAGGGUUUUGUUAAAAUUUUGAAGAAAUUAGAUAAGAAAUUAUUGUAUUUGCAGAAAUCUUACAAUAAUCGCUUAGCAUCUGGAGAAAACCCAAUCCAGUUACCAAACUAUAAUAAAGAGAGUUAUCUAUCCACCAGAGUUAACGCUUUGCCAUUUGCGAAUAAAGGUGAAUUAUUAGGCGGGUUAGACACGAUUAAUAAUAUCCUAAACGAGUUGGGGGAAAUUCAAAUAAGUAACGAUAAUCUGACUGAUCAGCUUGACUUUUUGAAAAUCGGAAAUAGGCGCUAUUCUCUUGACCAGGAAUUUUUAAAACAAUUUGAUAAAGUAAUUGAAAAUGAUGAUGGUGAAAAUAUCGGUACUGAAUUGAGCAAAAUUACUCCAAACAAGUUGAAUCUGAGAUUUUUAAUUUCGUUAUUGAGUAAAGCAUGUUUGAGUGAUUCACUCAGUUGUAUUGAUUAUUUGAUAAACUAUUUGAUUGAAUUUAACAAAAGCCAAAGUUUACCUGUUAUUAAUUCAUUAUUUGAUCAGUAUGAUAUCAGCGGCCGCAAUUUCUUUCAUCAAUUCAUUGUUAGUUUGGGCAAAUCUCAAGUUACGAAUGAAAAGAAGGAGAACCUGAUUCUUCCUGGUGAGUCUUCUAAAUUAAAACGACUCUAUGGUAACAAAGGUGGUCCUGAUGGUGUUCAGCUUAAUCCUAUUAGAACCGAUGGUAUUCAGUAUAUUAUGAGUAAAAUUGAUUCUAAGGAUUUUGAAUUCAAAAAGUUGAUUAUUGCCAAGGACAACUAUUCAAGAACGCCUUUGCAUUAUUCCGCUCAAUAUGGCUUAAAGGAUAUUACUCAAAUAUUGUUGAAUUAUUUAAGUAAGUGGGACUUGAUUGAUAAAAAAAUCCCUAUUGAUGAUUUACAUUAUUGGGGAGACCAAGAAGGGUUAACCCCCAUUCAUUUAUCAAUUAUCGGCAAGCAUCCUAAAACCACGGAUAAUUUAAUUAUCUACAGUGCGACCCAAGAAUUAACCUGCCCCAAUCUAUUAUUACUAGCUGUGAGAUUGAACUGUCUUGAGAUUUCACAGAAUUUAAUCAGAAAGAGUAAAAUCAAUGUUGAUUAUACUGAUUUACAACACAAUAAUGAGACUGCGUUGUAUAUUGCUGCAAAAUUGAAUUAUGCUGAUAUUGUUGAAUUUUUAUUACAAGAAGAUGCUGAUACUGAAAUAAACGAGAUUCUCUUUGGGUGGACACCAGUUUUUAUUGCAGCAUCAGAGGGUUUUAAAAAUAUUGUUAGUCUUUUGAUUGACUAUGGAUGUAAAAUUGAUACGGUGGAUUACUCAGGGUGGUUCCCAAUGGAACAUGCAAGUUUAAGAGGCCAUCUAAACGUUGCAGAUUUAUUGAAACCAGAAAAUGAUCAGUUAUUACUACAUGAUAUCUAUAAUCCUUCUAAUAAUUUGGAGAGAUUUUCGAAUAGUUCGUUGAAGAGUCCAUCCACUAUAUAUUCAAAUAACUCAAGGGAUGAGUUGACGUUAUCUGCAAGUAGCAUUGAUAAGCUACCAGAGCCAAAUAAGGUCACGGUAAAUGAAGUCUAUAAACAAUUGAAGCACUUAGAUUCAAAUAGCUCUACUAAUGGAACAGUAAGUCCAAGGUCCAGGUCACCGACGAAUAAAAAGAAAUUUAAACCAAUUAAGUCUUUUGGCCACCGUUAUUUAAAUUCUGGUGAAUCAUUACUUUUGAUUACUUUAGGCACAACUGAUUUAAGAGAUGGUAAUGCACCUAUUGAGUUAAAUAAUAUUUCUAUGGCCAAGAGCUUUUUCACGGAAUUAGAUACGGCAUUAUCAUUAUGCAUUACCUGUCGUAAUAGAAAAGAUUCUUCAAACGAAUUAAUCGAACCACCAAUGAUUAUUGAUUUACCUUUGGAAGAACACCAUGGAAGCGCGACAGAUCCGUUGACUUUUAAAUUGACGGACAAUUUAAAUCCAGAAGAUGUCAUAGUCACAUUUGAUAUUGUUCCAACUUAUCAGUAUCCAAACAAUAGAGAUUUAAAUGGUAUUAAUCCGAACAAAAAGAAUCAAAAAGUUUUAGGCAGGGCAAUGGCUCUUUUGAAUGAAGUGUAUACCAAUGUGGGACCAAACCUAAGGUCUUUGAACAAUAAAAUUACUGUGCCGAUCUUCGAAUCUACUACUUUAGAUUUACUAGGUAAGAUAAGAUUUGAAUAUUUAUGCGUCAAACCUUUUUCUCACCCUUCAAUGAACAUUACUAGAAGUGAUACUUAUUGGAAGCAAUUAGUUUCGACAAGAGUUAUUGGCCAUCGUGGUUUAGGAAAAAAUGUCAGUAACAGAAAUUCGUUACAAUUGGGUGAAAAUACAGUGGAAUCUUUUAUUGCCGCAGCUUCGUUGGGUGCAUCUUAUGUUGAAUUCGAUGUACAAUUAACAAAAGAUUUUACAGCUGUGAUUUAUCAUGAUUUUACAGUAGCUGAAUCAGGAGCUGAUAUCCCGAUGCAUGCCUUAACAGCUGAACAAUUUUUGAGUUUGAGUGAAGCUGAUGAUCAUCAUAUCAAGAAUGAGAAGAAUAAGAAAUCUGUGAAGGUUGAUUCCAAACAAGCCCAGUACUCGUUGGAUGAUGAAAUUUUAGGAAAGGUUAACCGUCCAAGGUCAAUGUCAACAUACCCAUCAGCUCCUAACUUCAAUAAAAUACAUACCCAUGAUGAUCCAGAUGAGGUCGACGAUCAAAUAGAUAAAGAGUUCAAAGAUCAAAUAAGUAGAAGAAUGAAAUUAACUAAGACGUGGAAAGAUAAAGGAUUUAAAGGCAAUGCUCGUGGAUUAUCAAUUGCUUCUAACUUUGUUACAUUAAAGGAAUUAUUUAAAAAGUUACCUAAAAAUGUAGGUUUCAAUAUUGAACUAAAGUAUCCUAUGUUGGAUGAGGCUGAAAGUGAAAGUAUGGGUGAAAUCGCCUUUGAUAUGAAUUUUUACGUUGACACUAUCUUGAAAGUUGUUUUUGACGAGAAUACAAACAAUAGAGAUAUAUUAUUUUCUUCAUUCCAUCCAGAUAUUUGUUUGCUAUUAUCAUUGAAGCAGCCUACUAUGCCAAUUUUAUAUUUGACAGAGGCUGGCACACAAUCAAUGGCGGAUAUUAGGGCCUCAUCUUUACAAAAUGCUAUUAGGUUUGCUAAAAAAUGGAACUUAUUAGGAAUUGUUAGUGCUGCGAAAACUUUAGUUAAGACCCCAAGAUUGGCUCAAAUUGUUAAGUCUUCAGGAUUAGUUUGUGUUACUUAUGGGGUUGAAAACAAUUCACCUGAAUAUGCUAAAAUUCAGAUGAAAGCUGGUGUUGACGCAGUUAUUGCCGAUAGUGUGUUAGCUGUUAGGGAAGGCUUAAGAAAGGAUCAAGAAAAUUUGAAAGAAAUUGAAGAAUCUCUGGAAAGCGCUUAA